AUGCAACACCUUCUUUUGUCCCUCUCCCUGCUCGCCUCGGCUGCCGUUGGCGCCCUGGCUUCAGACGACUUGAAGAUCGAUGUCACGCUCCCGGUCGAGUGCGAGCGCAAGACCCAGAAGGGCGACACCAUCAACGUCCAUUACCGCGGCACCCUCCAGUCCAAUGGCGAGAAAUUCGAUGCGAGCUAUGACCGCGGGACACCCUUUAGCUUCAGAUUGGGUUCUGGGAUGGUGAUCAAAGGCUGGGAUGAGGGCUUGCUCGACAUGUGCAUUGGCGAGAAACGGACUUUGACUAUCGGCCCGAGCUACGGCUACGGGGACCGGAACAUCGGCCCCAUUCCUGCUGGGUCUACUCUGAUUUUCGAGACCGAGAUGAUGGGCAUCGAAGGCGUCCCCCAACCCGAGUCGAUUGUCACCAAGUCCGCUACCGACAGCCCGGCGUCUUCAGCGAGCGAGAAAGUGGCCGAGAAGGUUGCGAGUGCCGAAUCCAUCGACGGCUACCUCACCUUUAUGAGAUGGUUGCUGUUUAGUCAUCCCGACCACCGAUCUCGCGCCACCUUCUUGUGCCAAACCGCUGAUUUGGAGCAGAAGCCUCUGUUGGCUGAUGCGCCAUUGGGUUGUGGAACCGAUCAGAAGACAUGGUGUAGGGGCGUGGAGUCGACAACUGCGCGUAUGCACAAGCGCUCGAGAUGCUUGCGGAUGCGAUCUUGGCUUCCGCCUAUGAAUUUUAUCACGAUUCAUUAUGCGUACUUCAUCAUCGGGUGCCUCGUCUCGUCGCUGAUCUUCUGGGGCUCGUCCAACCCGGCUCGGAGUAUCAGCUAUACCGAUAGCUUGUUCCUCGUCGUCAGCGCCAUGACGGAAUCCGGGCUCAACACUGUCAACCUUAGCCUGAUGACAACAUGGCAGCAAGUGCUGCUGUUCCUUCUGAUCAUCUUCGGCAGUUCCAUAUGGGUCUCCAUCUGGACCGUCGUGGCGCGGAAGCACGUCUUCGAGCAGAGGUUCCACGACAUUGUCCUCGCCGAGCGCACGCGAAGGGCGAACCAGCCUGGGAGUGCUGGUAGUCCGCCGAGGCUUGACCGGUUUCUAUCAUGCCGAAGGGCCUCCACGACAACCCUACCACCGGUCAGGACAGAAACUGCUCCAGACGUCCCCGCCGGUGGCGACGUAGCCGCCCUUGCCGUUGACGCUAAGGCGCCAAGGGGGAAAUCGCCCAGCCCCGACCGCAUCGCCUUCGCCAACACUCCCAACCCCAUCGACGCGGUUUCUACGGCCGCCCAGCACUAUUCCCGGGAGAACCAGGCAACUCGGAGGAACCAUGGCCGAGAGGGUGGUUCAACAGUCGACCAAAAGGACAACGAGUUCAGCAUGCACCAGCUUCUCGCCGGCAAGUCAGGUGGGAGGAACUCCCAGUUCCACGGCUUAACCACCGAGGAGCGCGAGCGCCUGGGCGGCUGCGAAUACCAGGCUCUCAGAGUGCUCUCCGUCAUCGUGCCUGUGUACUUCAUUCUCUGGCAACUUCUCGGAUGCCUCGCGCUGGGAGCUUGGAUCAACCACAACCUGCCAGGGCCGCCGCUCGAGAAUGGCAUCAAACCCUGGUGGCUAGGCAUCUUCAACGGCGUGUCUGCUUUCAACAACUCGGGCAUGUCCCUGUUGGACGCGAACAUGAUCCCGUUCCAGAACUCUACCUUCGUCCUCCUCACGAUGGGCUUGUUGAUCCUGGCGGGAAAUACGGCGUACCCGGUUUUUCUGAGGCUUAUUGUCUGGUCGCUUCGGAGGUUGCUCAUCUUGCUCACCAGGGAGGACGACUACACGAGGCUAAAGGACACCCUCAAGUUCAUCCUACGCUACCCCCGCCGCGUGUACACGAACCUCUUCGCUGCCCGCCCGACCUGGUGGCUCGUCUUCAUGCUCAUCCUCCUCAACUCCAUCGACUGGGUUGGGUUUGAACUUCUGAACCUCCGUAACCCGGCGAUACAGCAAAUACCGCCCAGCUCCCGUAUACUGGAUGGACUCUUCCAGGCUCUAGUCGUUAUCACCAUGCGGCACUCCAACGUGUACGAAGAGCGCUCACUCGGCAUUUACACCGAGGACGAAGCCCCCACGGAAGACCCCGAGAAAGCCACCGCCGAUUCCAUCCACAGCCGUCGCCGCCACCGCGGCAACAGCAAUAGCAGCGUGUCGGCCGCCCUCGGACGAGUCAUCAGCCACGCAUUCACACUCCACGGCGUAGGCGCCCGGGCACCGCCGCCGCCCAAACAAGGCCCGGAAUCGCACAUCAACUUCAUCACGCAGCAGAUCCACGGCCAGCUGGCGCACGACAUCUGGUGGUUGGUGCUGGCGAUCCUAGUGAUCGUGACGAUCAACACGGACCGGUUCCUGGCGGACCCGGUGCGCUUCAGCGUGUUCAACGUCAUCUUCGAGGUGGUGUCGGCGUACGGCUGCGUGGGCAUCAGCGUGGGCGCGCCGGGCGCCGACUACAGCUUCAGCGGCGCGUGGCAUCCGGCGUCUAAGUUGGUGCUGUGCGCCGUCAUGCUCCGCGGCCGCCAUCGCGGUCUUCCGGUUGCGUUGGAUCGUGCUGUGCGCCUGCCGCGCGAGGAGUUGCACCGGGAGGAGGAGGAGGAUCAGUGUAUCAGGCGGAGUAUGACGACUCGAAGAAUUAGCGUCGAGGUGUAG